AGGUAAUGCUGGCAAUUUUGAUAGGCUUAUUAACUUUACUGACAUGGCAUUUUACUAGAGUCUACACAGCAAGAUCGUUAAAUACUUUAGCAUAUGAACUUCGUCAUGAACUUCUACAGCGACCAAUAUUACGAAUGUGGAACAUCCUUAAUACCACUGUUGAAGUAGCAACUUCUCAAGUUAAGCUUUCAGAGUAUGUAAUCCGGCGUUACAGCAAGCCUGAUAACCAAGCACAACAAGUCGAGCAGCUUUAUGAAGCUAUGAGGGAUGUGACAUGGGCAUUGUUUGCAAGUCGAAGAGCUCUUAAUUCAAUAACAAUAAGCUAUAAAAAUGGCUUUGUUCAGGCUUUUCACAGAAAUCAUAAGAGUAAUAAUACAUACUACAUAUACUCUGAUCUGGCCAACUAUUCGAUAAGUGGAGUAUAUGGUGUCAACAUGAUUUCAUCUCAUCAAGGAUGGAAUGAUCAAUCUAUACACAAUAACAUGUCUGCAAUUUGGUAUCAACAACCCCUGGAUCCCAUGAGUGGUGAGAAGAUUGGAAAACCAAAGAAAAUCCCGCCUGAUGAGUUAAUUAACAUUGCAGGAAUUUCACAAGUGCCUGAUGGUACGGCUUCUUGGCAUGUGGCAGUAAGCAAAUAUACGGAUUCACCAUUGCUUUCAGCAGCAUUGCCUGUUUGGGACCCAUCUCAUGAAAGCAUAGUUGCCGUUGUGGGUGUAACUACUGCACUUUAUAGUGUUGGACAAUUGAUGAAAGAACUUGUUGAAGUCCACAGUGGACACAUAUAUUUAACCUCUCAAGAGGGUUGGUUACUUGCUACUUCCACUAAUACUCCUUUAUUGAUGAAUUCAACAAAAGGGCCAAAGCUCAUGAUGGCUGCUGAUUCUGAGGACAAUGUGAUACGAUCUGGGGCCGAGUGUUUGCAGAAAACAUACAGCAGCAAAUUUCCAUCUAGCCAGGAAAUUCAUAUAGAAAAUGCAAGGCUUGGCAAUCAAUUGUAUUACAUUGAUUCCUUCUUCCUCAACUUAAAGAGACUUCCUAUGGUUGGCGUUAUUAUCAUUCCAAGGAAAUAUAUAAUGGGAAAAGUCGAUGAGAAAGCUUUUAAAACACUCAUGAUAUUGAUAUCAGCAUCUCUAUGUAUUAUAGUAGUUGGAUGUAUCUGUGUCUUCAUAUUGACCAAUGGAGUGUCAAAGGAAAUGAAACUAAGGGCAGAACUGAUAAGCCAUUUAGAUGCAAGAAGGAAGGCAGAGGCAUCCAGCAACUACAAAAGUCAGUUUUUAGCAAAUAUGAGUCAUGAGCUGCGAACACCUAUGGCUGCAGUGAUUGGAUUGCUGGAUAUUCUUCUAAGUGACGAUUGUCUCACAAAUGAACAAUAUGCAAUGAUUACUCAGAUUCGUAAAUGUUCUAAUGCUUUACUGCGGCUUCUCAACAAUAUUUUGGAUCUCAGCAAGGUAGAAUCUGGGAAGCUAGUACUAGAAGAAACUGAGUUUGAUUUAGGUCGAGAACUUGAAGGGCUUAUUGAUAUGUUUUCUGUCCAGUGCAUUAACCACAAUGUAGAGACUGUGCUUGAUAUCUCUGAUGAUAUGCCAAAAGUAGUCCGAGGAGAUUCUGGUAGAAUUGUUCAAAUUUUCGUGAACCUAAUCAACAAUUCUAUCAAAUUCACAACCUCGGGCUACAUCAUUCUGCGGGCCUGGUGUGAGAAUCUAGACACAGACAGUAAUGAAAGGAAGUUGUCUACAAAUCAGAUGGAUUCGUGGUGGGUACAAAAGAUGAAACUUAAGCGGCAGGGAUGGCAUGGUAAGAGAUCAUCCAAGAAAGAUAACAAAAUAAUUCUAUGGUUCGAAGUUGACGACACCGGUUGCGGGAUUGAUCCAAGCAAAUGGGAAUCUGUAUUUGAAAGUUUUGAGCAAGCUGAUCCCUCAACAACUCGGUUGCAUGGUGGCACUGGCCUUGGCUUGUGCAUAGUGCGAACCUUGGUCAACAAGAUGAAUGGAGAGAUCAAAGUGGUGAAGAAGAGUGGAACAGGAACCCUGAUGCAACUGUAUCUGAUUCUCCGCACACCAGCAGAGAGCACAAAACAGCAGUACCUAUCAAAUCUCGAAGAGCAGAACCUGACUGUGUUGUUUGCACUUAAUGGCAGAAUGACUAGAAUGAUUAUGAGCCAAUGGUUGCAAAAAAAUGGGGUGUACACCUAUGAAGCUUCUGAUAUGUUUGCUCUUAGAAAACUUGGAUGCCAACUUUUAUAUGCCUCGACUCAUUUCUUAUCUUUUAAUCUUCAAUUCACCUUUCAUGGUGGCAUUUGUCGUGGUGGAGUUGGAGAUUGGGUGAGUAACAGCGUUGCAAUGUGUUUGUACGGUGGUGAUGGUGAUUGUGUGGUAGUUGAUCUGACGGUUCGGGUGAUUUGUGUAGUGGCGGGGCGGCGUGGUGGAUUGGGUGGUAGUGGCGGUGGCGGGCGUCUCCCUUCGUCUCUCUUCUCAUCUCCUUCUCCCUUUCCCUCACUAUCCUCACUGUAG